ACCCGCACCGGCCAUACCCUUGCGCGGGAGGCGAUGGUUUGUAGAUAUGGCUGAAGAGAAGAGUGCUGUAUGCAGAUUUGGAUAGUGUAGAAUCUUGCCAAGCACGGCCACCACCACAGCUCUACUACUCAGUACUCAUCCCUCACGAAUAUGAACGAUCUAAAUCCUCAUGACCGUCGGAGGUCGUACUGAAGCACAUCUCUACGGCCCUGGAGAUUGCAGUACACAUGUAAGGAGCCGUUGGUUGUUUGGCAGUACGACAUCCAUAUCACCAAGACAUGUCGAGCCUUUCCACCUUCGUGUAUGCUUGCAACGGCGGCGUUUCGCCAGUAACGCUCGGUUGAACCCACUUGCCGAAGCGCCUGCGGCACGCUAUUUUAACUUGUAUCCUUCCCAUCACAUCGUAUUCCCCUUCAAUGAGCCGAGAUUAGAGCUCGCUGCGGCUUGGUCUAGGAAUCGGCGCGCCGGUGGACUCGAGAAGCACGAGGGCGUGGAGGGCUCGAUCAGGUCGUUCCAUUCAGUCAGUGGAAGGGACAACGGCGGAUAUCGGCACUUAGGGGCGGCGUAAUUGUAUGGCUCUACAUCACAAAGUAGGUAUCGCUGUGCGCUGGACUGCAUCUCGAGGUAUAUGGGGUCGCUGUGUCGAGGCCGCGUUGGCGGACUAAA